AUGUCACUGUCAUUGGAAUCUAGCCCUUCGCACACAGCUGGAGGUACAGAAAUGAGCGAAGGUUUAAUGGAUAUUAUGAAACCUGCAAUUGAGCGUCUUGACGCUCAAAUAUUGGCCACUAGGUCUAGUCAGUAUACCCUGUACGAAAGCAUCAAGACGUUAGCAGAUUACCUCAAAGGAAUAUCAACUAAAAGGCAAGCCCCUUUCGACCUCGACGUUUAUGUAAGGAAAUUAGAUGACUCGAAAAAGAGGAUUGUUACUGUUGGCACAAUGCUGCAGAACCUUCAUGACCGACUUGGAAGACUUCAAAGAAAAGUUGCCAGAGAGGUUUAUAAUCAAAAACAGAUAAUAACACAAACUCCGCCAUCACAGCCAGCACGUUAA